AUGGCACUGCUUCGCGCAUCGCGAAGCUCACUCGCCUGCUUCCCGCAAGCACUCGCCAUCGCAGUCGUCGCAUUUGUGUUGUUCGCAAUCGGCUCGCUCGCGGCCGCUCAUCCGUCAAUUCGCGGCGUCGCCCCUCAAGACGUGGCGUACUUCUCGGGCAGCGAGGUGCGGUGCCGCGACGGGUCGCGGUCAGUGGCAGUGCAGCGGGUGAACGACGACUUCUGUGACUGCGCUGACGGCACCGACGAGCCGGGCACGUCAGCAUGCGCGCUGGCGCGCUUCUACUGCGCCAACCGCGGCCACAUGCCGCUCACGCUCUUCUCCUCGCGAGUCAACGACGGCAUCUGCGACUGCUGUGACGGGUCGGACGAGUACGCCAGCGGGGCGGGCUGCAGCAACACGUGUGUGCAGAUGGGCGCCGAGACGCGCACCCAGCUGGUAGCUGACGUGGCGGCGGUGAGGGAGGGCGUGAAGCUGCGAGGCAAGGCGGUGGUGGGGCACGUGGCGCUGAGGGACAAGUGGGAGCGCGAGGUCACGGAGCUGGAGGAGCGGCGCGCACAGCUGGUGGAGCAGGAGAAGGCUCUCAAAGCGCGCAAGGAGGAGUUGGAGCGGCAGGAGGGGAGGGAGAAGGCGUGGAGGGCGAGGCUGGAGAGGGAGCAGCACGCCAGGGACGCCCUUGUGGCGCACACCCGCCCGCUGAGGACCACUGCUGCUUCUUCUCACGGCAGCAGCGGUGGCGGUGGUGAUGGCGACAGCAGUGGUGAUGAGGGUGGGGAGAGCGGUGGUGGUGGGGGAGAGGAGCAGGUGGCGGCAGAGGCCGAGGCGCUGUGGACUGGCGCCCAUGGGGCUGGUGGGGCGGGUGGGGCAGAUGGGGCAGAUGGUGGGAACGGUGUUGAUGGUGAUGGCAGUUCUGUGGAGGGCGCAGGGAGUGAGGAGAAAGGACAAGGAGAGGAGGGAGCAGCAGGGGGCGAGGGGGAAGGAGGAAGCGAGGAUUUUUCGGGUCUGUCAAAGGAGGAGAUGGGGCGGCGGAUUGCGUCCCGAUGGACUGGCGGGGGGGAGGGAGGGCAGCAGCACGAGGAGCACAGCGGGCAUGUGGCAGAGCACAGCGGGCAUGUGGCAGAGCACAGCGGGCAUGUGGCAGAGCACGCUGUGGAGGACGAGGGCUUGCCGCCCCCUGAUGUGGGCUAUGGUGAUCCGGAUGCGGUGCAGAGCGGUGAUGAUGAUCAUGAUCAUGACGACGACCAUGACUAUAGUGGCAAUGACGAUGAUGAGUACAAGGAGGAUGCUAAUAACGAGGAUGAGGACUACAACAAAGAUGAUGAGGAGGACGUGGAUGGGGAUGCUGAGAGUGAGGGGGAGGAGGAGGCAGCAGAUCUGGAGCAAGACAUGGGGGCAGGGGGAGGGGAGGCGGAUGAGGGCAAGGGAGGGGCAGGGGGGGAUAAAGGAGUAGGGGAGGAGGAGGAUGAGGAGGAGGGCGAGGUGAGUGUGGAGGAGUUGAAGCAGCUGGAGGAGUUCAACCCAGAUGACCCGCCAGCCGUGACACCUGUCAGUGUCUGGUUGGCUCGCACCCUCCACUGGCCCAUGGCCGUGUGUUCCCGCCUCUACUCCCUCGCUGCCCCCACGCCGCCCCUCACUCUCAACGCCUCUCGCGUGGAGGCAGCUCGGGAGGAGCACAGGGGGGUGGAGGAGCAGCUGAGGAAGGCCAGGAGCCGCGCCAAGGUGGUCAAGGACAAGCUCAAGCGCGACUAUGGGCCACACGGGGAGUUCUCCAACCUGGUGGACCGCUGCUUCUCCUUCAACGCCAACCAGCACUUCAAGCGGUUUGAGGAGGAGCACACGGUGAUGGCGUUUGAGGAUGGCGAGCACUGCUGGAACGGACCAGCCAGGAGCAUCAAGGUGCGGUUCAAGUGCGGGGCGGACGUGGCGGUGCUGGCAGUCGACGAGCCCAACCGCUGCGAGUAUGCGGCCACCAUGACCACGCCCUCAGUGUGCACGGAAGAAAAAGCCAAGGAGUUGGAGCAGCAGUUGGAGGCCAUGCUGAGGGACAUCCACCCCGCGCAUGAUGAGCUCUGA